UAAUAGCCAGACGGGCAGCGAUAGGCUUCGGCUCCCCUGUCCUCAGCUCUCUGUGCAUCAGCAGAUUCACCGGCAGCCGCAGGCUCUUUACCGCGAUGGCCGAGCUCCCGUCCGAUCAAGUGGUAUUCAACAAGCCAAAGGUUGAGCUGCAUGUGCACCUCGAUGGAGCCAUCAGGGUGCAGACCAUUCUUGAUGUUGCCAAGAGACGGGGCAUCUCUCUGCCAGCAAAUACCGUGGAGGGGAUGACGCAGAUCAUUAUCCUCCAACAGCCUGCCACCCUCACCCAGUUCCUGGGCAAGUUUGCCGAGUACAUGCAUGUGGUUGCUGGAGACAGAGCAGCCAUAAAGAGGAUCGCCUAUGAGUUCGUUGAGGACAAAGCCAAGGAGGGAGUGAUUUAUGUCGAAGUCAGAUACAGCCCACAUUUUCUGGCCAACACUAAAGUGUAUCCAAUACCAUGGGACCAGGCAGAAGGGGACCUGAGCCCGGACGAGGUGGUGCACCUGGUUAACGUGGGCCUCAGUGAGGGAGAGAGGGACUUCAAAAUCAAAGCCAGGUCCAUUCUAUGCUGCAUGCGCCACAUGCCAAACUGGUCCAUGGAUGUGGUGGAGCUGUGUAAGAAAUACCAACAAGGAGGUGUGGUUGCCAUUGAUCUGGCAGGCGAUGAGUCACUCAACUCUGAAGCCAAUCCAGAGCACAGGAAGGCCUACGAGGAAGCCGUGCGCUUUGGGAUCCACAGAACAGUCCACGCAGGAGAGGUGGGCCCCUCGUCCGUAGUGAAGGAGGCUGUGGAAGUGCUGAAAGCUGAACGGGUUGGACACGGUUACAGAACCCUGGAAGAUCAAGUUCUGUACAAAAACCUGCUGGCUCAGAACAUGCACUUUGAGGUGUGUCCUAUUUCCAGUAAAUUGACGAGUGCCUGCGACCCAGACUUCACCAAGCAUCCGGUCAUAAGGUUCAGGAAGGACAAGGCAAACUACUCCCUGAAUACAGAUGACCCACUGAUCUUCAACUCGACCCUGCACCUCGACUACAGCAUAGCGCACAAAUACAUGGGAUUCACAGAGGACGAAUUCAAACGGCUGAACAUCGGUUCUGCAAAGUCAUGCUUCCUGCCUGAGAAGGAGAAAAAGGAGCUUGUCCACAGGCUGUAUGAGGCGUAUGGGAUGGUACGGUCAACUGCCUUUUAAACCUGACCAAGAAGGACGUCUGAGGAGGAGGCGUGACCUAACCCAGGGAUGAAUCACUCUGAACUCUUAAUCUCACCCACCUGGCACAGUGGAAUGUCUUUCCCUAAUUUGUAACCAGACAUAGUUUGGAUGUCAUGGUACUCUGCAAGGUGCAAAUUAUUGUGUUUAUGAAGCUGUUUUUUUGUUGAUAUGAAACCUCUGGAUACAUUUUUCAUCUUGCGUUUACAUCCUGUUGUCAGGAAGAAUCAGGGAAGCUGUUGAUGCACACUUACUCAACAGUCUGAACACUUUGUCAGCAUGUAAGGGAAGGAGAAGUGAGUCUUUGUUCAUCUUUUGGAGGGAAGAAAUGUGGCAAGGGAUAGUUAAAGAAUAUGCUACCUAAGGGGUUAAAUAUAGCAUACUGUUAAUAACCAUAGUUUGGUUUUAGGGAGAAGUAAUUGAAUCAAGUGUCACAAACGUGUGCUUUUUUGCCCUAAACGUGUAACAAAAGGUAAAACAGCUAAAUACCAACGGUGUAUUCUCACAUUAGAACACUAGGGGGCGCACUCCAGUCACCUAGAUGGACAAACCAGUUGACUGACUGGUUUUGCACAUCGUAAUUACUCAAUUCUUUUGAAUUCUAUUUAUUUUAAACAUUUUAUUUCCAUUUCACUACUUAAAAGAGCCCUUCCAGUUGUAACAGACACGUUUAUGGCACUUGUGAAAAGUAUCUUUGAACAUAAUAAAAGCUAUAAUUAUAUGUU